AUGCAGCAGGUCCAACAUGUCUAAAAGUGCACCAGUUCUUGUUCAAUAUGUCCUGAUUAGAAGCGACUUGAAGUGGCCAACAGGGGCGUUAAUUGCUCAAGCGUGCCAUGCGUGUACUGCCGUCAUGCACCUAUUUAGAGAAGAUCCUAAUGUUAAAUCAUAUACUGAAGAUUAUACGCGGAUGCAUAAAGUCGUUUUGGAGGCUAAAGAUGAAGAAAGCUUGACCAAAGUUUCAGAGUCACUGACCUCAGACAAUAAAGACUUUCAUCUUUGGAUAGAACAGCCAGAAAAUAUACCAACAUGCAUUGCCACAAAACCAUACCAUAAAGAAGAGAUACAAACUUAUUUUAAAAAAUUUAAACUCUUUAAAUGAUAUUUGAACCUUAUUUCAUAUAGUGCAGCAUAUUUAUAUUGAGACUGUGAAAACCUGGAACAAAAAAGUUGACUUAUUCAAAGAGUGGAGCAGAAUAAAUUAAUAGAAGAUAAUGUGAUAAGGUAUAUUUUUCACCAGAAUAUUAUAAGCUGAAGCAAAAGUUGGAUUGGAAUGAAAAAAGUUUUACUUAUAGUAUUUGCUUUGUUUUGUGCUUAUGUUCAAUGUACUAGUUUGCCAUCAGCCCUAUUCACAAUACCAAACAUUUCAUGAAUCAAAGGAGCUACUGUUGAUAAUACCUAAUAUCUCGUGAGAAAGGAAUGCCAUGUUCCAAUCUUUAAUUCCACGAAGAGUGCAAUCAAAAUUAAAAGACAACUGUCAAGUAUUGUCAUUGUUGACGAACUGGUACACAAAGCAGGUUUAACUUGACAUCUUGCCCUUUAUUUAGAAAUAAAAAAGUCUUGGUAUUUAUUUUAAAAUAUUUGAGAUUUUUUGUAGCUUGUUUGUUCUUCUGUAUCAACAUACAGCAUCUGAGCUUGUCUGUAGAAAACUAAGAACAAGGC